AUGGCAUCAUAUAAUUGGGUGGCAGAGAAGGCAAUUCUUUUUCUAAAGAAGGAUCCAAAUAUUGGUACCAAGAAGUUGAAAGAGGAGUUAGAGAGCAAGUAUAAUGUCACAAUUGGAUACCACACAGUGUGGCAAGGUAGGCAGAAGGCUGCAGACCACAUCUUUGGGUCAUGGGAAGAGAGCUUCGCAUAUUUGUUUAACUUCAAGGCGGAGGUUGAGGAGAUAGAUGUACAUGAGGAUGCUGAGGAUGUGAAGCCAUACUUGGAAACUUAUCACAAUCUUCUUUGGACACGGAGCAAGUUCUCUGAAGAGAUAAAAUGUGAUUUCAUCACCAACAAUUUGGCGGAGUCAUGGAAUAAAUGGAUCAAGGAUAUGAAGGAUCGUCCUGUUGUAGAGCUUGCAGAUGGCAUCAGGUCAAAGACAAUGGACCUUUUGAUGAGGAGAAGGAAGAUAGGUGAGAAACUAGAUGGUGUGAUGCUCCCUAUUGUUCAGCUGGCGAGCGAUGAUCCCAUGCCAUCCUCCAUGGCUCUCCGGCCAUCAAGAUCCAUCCUCCACAGCACCUCCCUUCUGCUGCUGUGCCUAUGCACGCCACCGCCGCCGUCCUCGUGCGGCUCAACGUCGACGAUACGGCGCGGCGAGGCCGAAUCCCUCCUCCGGUGGAAGUCCACCCUGUCGUCGUCGGCGCCCGGCGCUGCCCCGCUACCCUCGUGGUCGCCGGCCAGCUCCAGCUCCGCCUGCUCGUCCUGGCGCGGCGUCACCUGCGACGCCGCCGGCCACGUCGCCGAGCUCAGCCUCCCGGACGCGGGGCUUAGUGGCACGCUCGGCGCGCUCGACCUCGCCGCGUUCCCGGCGCUCGCCAGGCUUGACCUCCGCCACAACAGCAUCACCACCGGCGCUGCCUCUGUUGCCGCCACCACCACCACCACCACCAGCAACCUGACAUACCUUGAUCUUUCUGACAACGCCUUCUCCAGCCUCGUGCUGCACGCCUUGCCUUCGCCGCCGGCGACGCUGCAACAGCUGAGCUACCUCAACCUGUCCUCCAAUGGACUGUAUGGGCCGAUCCCGAGGUCGCUUUCCGCCAUGGGGAAGAUGAGAGUGUUCGACGUGUCACGGAACAAGCUGGACAGCGCCAUUCCCCCGGAACUGUUCACGAGCUGGGCAGAGCUCACGCAGCUCCGUGCUCAGAACAACUCCAUCGCCGGCAGCAUCCCGGCAGCGAUCGGCAACGCGACGAAGCUGCAGUACCUGCGCCUCGCCAAGAACAGGCUCGCCGGCAAACUCCCCGUGGAGGUCGGGAGGCUCGCGAGCCUGCAGGCUCUGGAGCUGGCAGAGAAUUUCCUGACGGGGCCGAUACCAAACACCGUCGGGAACCUGACAGCGCUGGUGGCGAUGGCCCUCUUCUCCAACGGCUUCACGGGCGUGAUACCGCCGGAAAUCUUCAACCUGACGACAGCGCUGCGAAUCAUCGAUCUCAGCACGAAUCGAUUGGAGGGGGAUUUCCCAGCGGCCAUAGCAUCCCUCAGGAAUCUCUACGGCCUUGAUCUCAGCAACAACAGGUUCAGUGGCACCAUACCGAGUGAUCUCGGCAGCAGGCAGUUUCUGACCAUUGUGCUGGCCAACAACAGCUUCUUGGGAGAAUUCCCCAUGGCAGUCUGCCAGCAGCAUUCCCUGCAAAUCUUGGACCUGUCAAACAAUCAGCUCCAUGGAGGGAUCCCUGGCUGCCUGUGGGACCUACAGGACCUAGUGUUCAUGGAUCUGUCACACAACAUCUUCUCUGGGGAUCUUCCAGCAUCAGCUCACCCCAACUCAUCAUCACUGGAGUCAGUGCACCUGGCAAGCAACAACCUCACUGGGGGGUAUCCAGUGGUCCUAAAAGGAUGCAGGUGCCUGACAGUUGUGGACCUUGGUGGUAACUGUUUUUCCGGCACAAUCCCCUCAUGGAUUGGAACUCACAAUCCCUUGCUGAGGUUUCUCAUCCUGCGAUCCAAUGCGUUCCAUGGAAGCAUCCCGAGGGAACUUUCGCGCCUCUCCCAUCUCCAGUUGUUGGAUCUAGCGGCCAACAAUUUGGUAGGCUCGAUACCGACAAGUUUCGGAGAUUUCGCGUCCAUGAUACAGCCAAGAAAUGAACUGAACUUGCGCUCAAAAGCCCAACAAAGAAUCUUGGAUGGGCAUGUUGAUUUCAUGUACAUAGACCGAAUCGGCAUAAGCUGGAAGAGGCAGUACCAUACUUUUGAAGGAACGGCUGCCCUCGUGGCAGGUAUUGAUCUGUCAGGCAACCAUCUCUCCGAUGAGAUUCCUUCAGAGCUGUGCAAUCUUGAAAGUGUCAGGUUUCUGGACUUGUCGAGAAAUCAUCUUUCUGGCAUUGUUCCAAAAGAGAUUGGUGGUUUGAAGAUGCUGGAGUCCCUUGAUUUUUCUUGGAAUGAACUCUCCGGCUCUAUUCCUCCAAGCAUAUCAGAUUUGAUGUCCCUCAGUUCACUGAAUUUGUCCAACAAUCAUUUGUCAGUGUUCUUCAGCAGAAGAUGCAGAAUUCCUGUUCUGUCGAAAAGGUUCGAGAAAAUGCCACAGGAGAAAAUUUUAGAUGAGGAGAAUGAGAAUAACGAGGAGCCAUGA